UUUUCCCGAAAACCGCAUAACCGGGUCCACGGGUCCAUGUAGCCCACAUAAUACCCUCCCUCUCUCCUCCCUCCAUCUCUCUCUCGCUCAAACUCUCUUGCUCGGAAGGCUUCGGGAUCAGAUCUCGCGGAACCCUAGAUUCGCUCAAUCGAAGAUCAUGGGCCAUGAAUUCAGAGACUACUCAAAGGACUCUUGCCCUUCCGUGAAGAACAUUUUACUUCUGGAUUCAGAGGGGAAGCGUGUGGCUGUCAAGUACUUUUCAGAUGAUUGGCCUACUCAUGCUGCAAAGUUGGCCUUUGAGAAGUCUGUCUUCACAAAGACUUUGAAGACAAAUGCACGCACGGAAGCUGAGAUAACAAUGUUUGACGGUUAUCUCGUUGUCUACAAGUUUAUUCACGACCUGCACUUCUUUGUUACUGCGGGUGAUGAUGAGAAUGAACUCAUCUUGGCGAGUGUUCUUCAGGGUUUCUAUGAUGCUGUUACCCUUCUCCUGAGGAAUGAUGUUGAGAAGAGGACUGCACUUGAGAACUUGGACCUGAUUCUUCUUUGCAUUGAUGAAAUUGCUGAUGGCGGGAUAAUCUUGGAAACAGAUGCAAAUGUCAUUGCCGGAAAAGUCGCGACUAAUGCCGUUGACGGUGCUGUUCCCUUUUCGGAGCAGACAAUCUCGCAAGCUCUAGCUACAGCAAGGGAGCACCUCGCGAGAUCUCUUCUCAAGUGAUGGGUUCGGCAGCUCUCCUCUCUUCUCUUCUCUUCGAUUUUAAGUUUCAAUGGGCAAUACCUUUGUGUAAUGAAACCUCAAUUAUUCACUUCUCGAUGCUUGUACUUGACCUGUAGUUUUACAGCUCUAAUACGCAGGAGUGCAUUUAUAUUACUGCUCAA